CUGAAUGAGUUCAUGACACGAUGCAAUCUUUCGUCAUAACAAUUGCCCAACGACGAUUCCCUAUAUGUGACUCGCAUGGGAGUGUGCUCAUGACAGUCACAUGACAAAGAUAUCUGCUAUGACGUCAUUGUCUCUCGGUCAAUCAUUCUGCGCUUUCCGCGACACUGGACACAAACCCCAUCCGAGGCAGGAGCGAUGGAUACCGUGACCCAUGAUCUGUAAAUGCAGGUACUCAAUCAACCAACGUUCAUCAUGCGUAUACUCACACGUCGGCGUCAAUAACCCAAACACUUGAACCAUUCCACUUACGAUGAAACUCCCCGCACCAUCCAGCACGCGUCUGACGCUCUUCUUACAUCGAGGGAUCAAGCGCGAUGUCCAGACCAGUCGAAUAGCAACAAGCUACUGUCCACACGCAACUCCUCGUCAAGCAGCCAGAACCCCCUUCUCAACAACUUCUGCUCCUCAAAGUCCAUCGAACCGAAUCCUCAAUCCUUUUCGAACCCCGCCUCAAUUCCACGACUCGCUCCAGCUUCACUCGGCCAAUAACGCCCUGUUGCUCACCCUAUUUACCACAUCGUCAUGCGCUCCUUGUCGCGUCAUUACUCCUCUAUUGACCGACCUAGUCAAGUCCCGCGCCCCAUCUCCCAAUGAUAAAUUUUCCAGCUUGGCCCUAGCAGAGCUCGAGCUCGAUAGUCCAGACACCAGUAAUGGAAGGAUGAUGGAUUUGGGGAUCGAGUUCGGUGUCACCAGUCUGCCUACCCUGAUUGGCUUUGGUGGGAGAAGAGCUCAACGAGUCACAGAUAGACUCGUUGAUACAAAGUUGUUGACGGAUCGUGCCCGUAUGGAACAAUGGGUCGAUGAGGUCAUGAGUAAAGGCGAUCCAUUUGCUGUUGAUGGAGGGUCAGGAGGUGUAGGUGGAUCUGGCUCGGGGGUACUGGGUCGUUUGUUCGGGUGAGGUCUACUCACCAAGGGACAACUUGAUUCGAUCCUGGGAGAGUUUUGCUCUAUGAGAUGAUCAUCUCUGCAAGACUACCCUCGUCAGACAGAAGUUCCCUAGUGGUCCUCUGGACCGAGGAGCAUACGCCACGAACUAGGACGGGGUGACAUGGUAAGCCCGAAUGUUACAGUUCACGGGAGAUCCCCAGGCGUCAGCUUGAACCCGGGUCCUUUACCCUCAACUUGAUUGCAGGACAAUGUGGGAACAAGUCCGCGUCAAUACAUUCCCAUUGUUGACAUGAUGACCAUCAUGUCUGCUCACGGGUCGUGGAAGAAUUGGAAACGACCCCAUGUCCAUGAGGCGUGACGGUCCCACCAAGAACAUCCGCAUUUCCGUGCGUAUGGCCACAUUGGACGAGAUCAUUCUCUCCCAUUCAUACCAAUUUGAUUCCCACUUUAUGUAUACACUCUACAAAGCGCCGUUACAUUCCAAAGACACUUGAUCCCAUCG